AUGUCCUGGUUUGCUCGUGAUUCUUCUCCUCAGCAAGCCACAAGUAUCGACACAAGCGCAAAUCACUGCGAUUAUUCAGGCAGAAGGCUCUGUACAGCAGCUGAAGUUUGCCCCUCCAGCCCUGGUGGUCAGAGUGUUGCGGGCGUCACUGGCGGAAGUUUAACAAAAGCUCUUCUCGUGGUAGGAGACACAUUCGUGGACGCUGCGACUUGUCAAAGACUCUCCCAAAUAUCAAGCUAUACCGUUGAUGGUUUUUUAUGUUGUCCUACCGGUGACCUGCCAAGUCCUAAAGACUUUGUCAGUGACGGUGAGUGA